AAACUAACCAACAGCCCUUUGACAAACCGCCAUCAUGUCGCUCGUCUCCGGAGAGAAGUCUAACUUCCAGUACAUCAUCCGUUUGUUGAACACAAACGUCGAUGGAAAGCAGAAGGUCAUGUACGCCUUGACCAAGAUAAAGGGUGUCGGUCGCCGCUACUCCAACUUGGUCUGCAAGAAGGCCGAUGUUGAUCUGAGCAAGCGUGCUGGUGACCUCACCUCUGAGGAGCUUGAGCGCAUUGUCACCAUCAUCCAGAACCCUCUGCAGUACAAGAUCCCCACCUGGUUCCUCAACAGGCAGCGCGACAUUGUCGAUGGCAAGGACACUCAGGUUCUCGCCAACGGUGUCGACUCCAAGCUCCGUGACGAUCUCGAGCGCCUCAAGAAGAUCCGCGCUCACCGUGGUCUCCGUCACUACUGGGGCCUCCGCGUCCGCGGUCAGCACUCCAAGACCACUGGUCGCCGUGGUCGCACUGUCGGUGUCUCCAAGAAGAAGUAAAUGUUGUAUGCUCCCAGACUGGAGUCAGCAACGGGCUGGUGUGGUGUAUCAUGGCUUUACGAAAUGGGUGGUGCACCUAUGGUGUUUUAUGGCAUUCAUUGGCUUGAACAUGCACCCCACGCGGCUUUCGAUGAUGGAUGGCGACGAAGCAAGGGUUUCAAGGUUGAAAAAUACAGCCUUACUAAAAAUUAUACCAACGAUUCUCAAAUUUCAGCUUAUCCGCUGACAUGA